CUAAUGGUAUAUCAUUCAGCUGGUAUAUAUAGUCAGUUAAGUCACAGUGUAAAUACUUGAACUCCUUGUACCGCAGAGUUGAAUGUCAUUGGCGGAGUUCAAUGAUGACUGCGAAAAUAUUCGUGCUGAUCAUGAUGAUUGCGUGCAGUAACUUGUCCGAAGCAAUUUCAGUAUUUUCUCGAAGCGAUAAUGUUGAAUCCAUCGCAGAUGGAAAUCCAGCAAACAACUCAUCGACAAACUGCAGUCUGAAGAUCGAUUAUCAAAACUUCAUUGCAGCAUCCCUGAAGGACGUAUUUCAGAACAGUAAGAAUGGAAUCAGAUUGAAUGUUAGGAUGGAAUCGUUCAAGAAUAAAACAAACUUAACUGAUGUGCUACCAGGAUUAACUUGGGCGAACAAAAUUGGUCGCACGUUAAUUUCAUUAAUCACCGCAGCCGAAAACAAUAUUAUUUCAUCGUUUAAACCAAUAUUUUUUUCAUCUUUCUACACAAGUACAUUAGAUGUCGGGCUCGAAACCUUGGAUAUUGUAGUCGCCGAAAUGACGGAAGGAUGCCUGUCGCUUUCAGGAAAAAAUGUCUCUGACCUUCUUUUCAGUUUUCUUCUGCACCAACUGUACCCUCAUGACCGCGUCUAUGACUAUCAUUAUGAUUACGAAUUGUGUGUUUGGAACAAAGAAACGUACUUUAAUUGUUGUAGAUUACUGGAUCAGGCGAUAAACUGUUCGGACUUUUCGUCGAAAAUUUCGUUGACAUCUUUCGAUGCGUUUCUGCUUUUUGCACUUUUUUUCGUUUUCAUUAUGAUGUAUUUUCCUGUCAUAAUCGGGUAUUUACGAUGCUUCCCAAAGGAACGCACGACAUACAAGGUUUCUGACAGCCCAAUGUCACUUUCAUCUAUUAUUCACAUGAUAUUUAUUGAUGGUCAUGGCCCAGUAAAGUCUUUUGGAAGGAAAUUGGUGGUUUUAACAUUCAUUCUUCUAACAACGUGGCUUAAUUACUCUAAUUGGGGUUUUUUUAUUCUUGUAAAUAUCUUGUGCCUACUAUCUUUUCUGUAUUUUGAUGUAUACCAAUUAAACAAAGAAGUUGGUGAAUCUCAAACUCAUGCCCUCAAUCCCGGGAUGAAGUCCCUUUUAGCCGGAAGUUCAAUAAGGAUCAUUGCUUUACCUUUUAACCUCAAAUUUUGGCGAAAUGAAGCGAGGAGGAGGCCGUUUCUCCGUAGGCACUUCCGUCUAAGCCUUGCUUCUACUUUGAUGAGUGAACAAUCGACGGCCAAUGCUCGAGUUAACGAGCGCACUAGAUUAUUAUCGCCGGUUGUGGAAUCCCAAGACCAAACAAGAAGUUUACCAAAUCAAAUUCUUAGACAUAUCGAUGUGUUCAAAUAUUGUUUAUCAAUUUUUAUUUUACUAAUCCUGUAUCUGCUAAUUGCUCCUUCACUUUCUUGUUUUGUUGUUGUAGCAAUUUUGUUUUCGAGAUUUUUGAAUCAUUUUUCUUUUUUCGUUCCUCAACAUCAUGAUUGCUAUUCCGUAAUGCGAUCUCUGCUUAUCAAUUUCACACAAAGCUUUAGCUGUGCCUUGGUAUUCACUCAAACUUCUAUAUCUCUUCUUAAUUGUUUCAUUCUUUCGUUCUACUUGAUCGCCGGUUUAUACCUAAACGCGGGACAUUACAGUACAUACUUCGUUCCCUUCACCCUCGUCUUUGCUUAUUCGUGGAGCAAUUGGAAGUCUUCCGUUGAAACGAAAUAUCUUGAAUUAAAUACAAAUAUUUACAAAUUUAGCAAGGAAAAUUCCAUCCUGGUUUCGGAUACCCGCCCUGAAAUAGGUCUACAUUCCAGUGAUAAUGACAGUUCUCAAACAAGUAUGUCGUCCGAUACCCGCCCCGAAAUACAUUCCAGUGAUAAUGACAGUUCUCAAACAAGUACGUCAGAUUUUACUCCACGUUAUGUGAUCAAUUUGGACAAAAACGGUGAACCCUUCAUUCCUAAGCCGCUAUAUGAUAUUGUGCGAGAAACGCUUCUGCCUUACGACGAAAUUUUGUUCCCUUUUUUCGUAAAGGUGCUCUUGGUUGUAUUAUUCGCUUAUUAUUUGUUUCUUUUUCUGUCAUUGUCCCAAAGUUCUGGCGUGACGAGCAAUGCUAAAAUCCUUACCACGAUGGUUGCCACUUCAAUACCGUUUCUUUUCGAUGUGAUUUGGGCAAAGAGCAGCGACGCACAAAAAACAGCCAAUGACCUGGCCUUGGAAUCGAAACUUAAGUGCAUUUUGAAGGUUUGUGCUGUAAAUAAGGAGACGGAAGAAAUACAAGUGGAAUUUAUUGGUGAUCCACCGACUGAUCCAAUGGGUUACCCGACGUCUUAAUGGAUACAUCUG